AUGGCACUGGAAGCCUCCCUGGCUGAGCUGUGCGUAGAGGCCCUCUGCCCUUUGUGUCGAGAUUUCCUGCAAGAACCAGUGACCCUGGGCUGUGGCCACAACUGCUGUGCCUCAUGCCUGCAGCAGCGCUGGGAGCACCUGCAGGACGUCCUCCCCUGCCCAGUGUGCCUGCAACCCUGCACACACGGUCACACCCAGAGGAACACGCAGCUGGGAUAUAUGAUUAAACUGGUCCAGCAGCUUUCCAGCAAGAGGUUGAAGGUCGCAGAGCUGGUGGAAGAGGAGGGAGAAGAAGAGGAGGGCAGAGACUGCUGUAAGAGACACCAGCAGGUCCUGAGCCUGUUCUGCGAAGACGACCUGGAGCUGCUGUGUACCCGGUGCGGUGACUCCCCUGAACACCAGGCCCAUGACCUGACGCCCAUUGGAGAAGCUGCUGCUCAUCACAGGCAGAGGCUCAAGAGCUGCCUGGGGCGGCUGGGGAAGCAGCUGGAAGAGGCAAAAAACCGUCUUCGCAAGGCAGAGGAAGAUGUUCUUCAGAACGAGCUAUCGAGACAAAUGACAGGAUUUUCCAAGAAGAUCAAUGAUAGCCAAAUCCAGCUGUCAGACAUUGGCUCCACCUUCAAGUCACUGCUGAGAGACAUCCUUCGUCUGCUGGUGCAGACGGACUUGGCGCUGCUGAGGGGCGCUGGGCACAUGCACAGGCAGUGGCGCAAUUGGGGCGGCCUGGAGCUUCCCGCAACCUUUUCCUACCAAUUUAUGGAGCCGGCUCUCCUGUUGCCUCCACACUAUGCUGGCCUGCACAACCUCAAGGACCAUUUUCUGGUGCAUCUGACCCUGGAUCCUGAUACUGCCCACCCCAGUCUCGCUGUCUCCCAGGACCGGAAAACAGUCAGUUUUCACCCCCUUGGCAGAGCAGGUGGAUCCACGUCGGACCCUAGCCCCAAGGCCUUCACCUCCCUAGUAGCCAUCUUGGGCAUGCAGGGCUUUGAAGGGGGCCGGCACUUCUGGCAGGUAGAAAUCCGAGGCUCGGGUCUGUGGUACUUAGGGGUGUGCAAGGAGUCGUUCCCCCGAAAUGCUGCGGGCACUCCGUCCCCGGGUGAUGGCUGCUGGCAACUUCAGCAGCUCACUGGGGUCCAUUUGGACACGCACCAGGCACUAAGCGUUGGCGUGUUUCUAGACUAUGACUUGGAAAAAGUUGCCUUUUACAAUUUGGUUAACUGCUCCCACUUCUGCACACUCAAUGGCAGCUUUACGGGAAAGCUCCUGCCCUAUUUCUGUCUUGGCUCCUCGUCCAUAACGUUUUCCAUGACUCUUGUCUGA